GCAACGUCAAAUUGACCGAAACAUUACACAAGCUGUUUUUUAGACCAUUUAAUCAUGGAAUAAAUAUUAAUGGCUAGUGAAAACCGAGGCUGUUUCGUUUGGCUCAUAAGUUUUAAGAAAACUUGCAAUGAAAGGUUUGCAAGAUUUCGAAACCGCAUGCGCCAAAGAUACUAUGCAAGAAGAGGCAAGACUCUUGACCCAGAAACCCUGUUAAAUGAAACAGGAAAUGCCGACAUGGUUGUCUGUAAGAUUGCCAGCAAGUCAAAUAAAGUAGUUCCUCAAAAUCUGUCAUCUAAGAAUGACGAUGUUGUUGAUAAUGAAAUUGCAACAGUGACAGAAACUACAACAGGCGACAAACUCGUUGAAGAAUACGUGACAUGGAUCAUAGACAAGGCAGCCGACACUCUGAGGCAUGAGUUGCCUAGCAACACAACCACAGUAACAGUGUGGCCAGCAGACGACAACAUAUCAUUGUCCUCCAGUAUCAUCAGCC